UUAUCAAUAAAACUCAAAAAACACGAGUUACGCAUUUUUUUUAAUUGCUUACCUAAUUUUUGUAAAAAUAUCGUUUCUUCAAUUAAAUUAUUAAUAAAAAGGACGAAAAAUGAUUCAACAACAACGUCAACGUAUCGAACAAGCCGUCACCGAAAUGAUCGAUGAUAUGGAUAAAACACAUUUACGUAAAAUGCAGACAGACAUGCAUUUGUGUGCCGCCAAAUGUUGUCAAGACACCAGUGCCAGUGUGGACAGUGUACAACGUUGUGUCGACAGAUGCUCCCAACCCUUGACCAGAGCCCAAAACUAUGUUCAACAUGAAUUGGGUGAAUUCCAAGGCAGACUACAAAGAUGUGUAAUGCAAUGUAAUGACGAUAUUAAAGUCAAAAUGCCCGCCAAUCCCAGUGAAGAUGAUAUUGCCAAAUUCACAGAUCAAUUUGAACGUUGCGCUGUAAAAUGUGUAGACAAACAUGUCGGUUUAAUACCCAGCAUGAUGAAAACUAUGAAAUCUGUUUUGGCUAAGGGUCCUGAGGCCAUACCACAAGUUUAAAUGUGUGUUGUUAUGUUUAAUUCUAUGCAAUUUCAUACUUUUAUUAUUAUUGUUUUUAAUUGAAGGCGAAUAUUUUUAUUGACCAAAAAAAAAAAUUAAAGUUUUUUUCUUUUAAAUAAAAUCUAACAAGCAGGGCUUGUUUCCUUUAUUAAAGUUAUAAA